UACUCUUUGAGUUGUACGGGUUUAGGGCGGAGCGUGGUCGGUAGGUUACGGAGACAGUCGAGGUAACAGCGGACACUUCGUGUAGUAACGUCUGUUUCCAAAUGGCAACGAAGGCGGACGAGCAGCGGGAACCGGCGGACGUCGCUGCGCUGUCGCCGCUCCACGGCACCAGAAUCCACCACAAUAGUAAUAACAACAACAAUAAUAACAACAACAACAAAGACAGCGAGGCGAGCGAGACCGCGACGUCCGCCACCGCCGCCAGCACGACGGAGUCCGGCGGGACGGCGUCGCAGAGCAUCGGGAACGGCUCGGUCAUCAACCCCACCGGGGGGAACAACGGGAAGUGGGUCCGGCUGAACGUCGGCGGCACGGUGUUCCUCACGACGCGGCACACUCUGCUCAAAGAGCAAACUUCAUUCCUGUACCGGCUGUGUCAGCAGCAGGACCUGCACUCAGACACGGAUGAGACGGGAGCCUACGUGAUCGACAGAGACCCCACGUACUUUGGUCCCAUCCUAAACUACUUGAGACACGGCAAGCUGGUGUACAACAAGGAGCUGGCUGAAGAAGGUGUCCUGGAGGAGGCUGAGUUUUACAACAUUACCCCACUGAUCAAACUCAUCAAGGAGAGGAUCGUGGAGAGAGACUCCAAAGCCACGCAGCAGGUGCCCCCCAAGCACGUCUACAGAGUGUUGCAGUGUCAGGAGGAGGAGCUGACCCAGAUGGUCUCCACGAUGUCGGACGGCUGGAAGUUUGAGCAGGUCAGCGUGCGCGCCUGCAGAAAGCCCCGCACCGGACUGCUCUGGACUAUGGUGAACAUCGGCUCGUCAUACAGCUACGGGACAGAGGACCAGGCUGAGUUUCUAUGUGUCGUAUCAAAGGAGCUUCAUACUCCCGGUUCUGGACUGGGCACGGAGCAGAGUCACAAAACCAAGCCGGCGGAGAUGCAGGAGGAGGAGGAGGAGGCUGCGAAGGAUGAGGAGCAAGAGCAGGAGGAGGAGGAGGAGGGAGAGAGAGAUACCAGACCGAAUGAGUGGCUUAGAGAAUGAGGGAGUCAUGUUUCUUUGUUCCAAAGAGAGGCGGGAAUGGGUGAGGAACUGUGCGCUGGAUGUGCUAGCGGGUAGACCUGGUAGAUUUUAGUGUGUGAGGGUUUGUAUGCGUGUGUAUGUAUACAUGUCUAUGGUGAUCGUCGUUGUUUUAUGUCACCGCAUUGAGAAUGACCUCUAUUUAAGUUAACCCAGUGCACACUCAAACAAGCAAAUACAAGUAGAUGUGCAAAGCAGUGAAGAUACUAAAACCAUACACUGACUUAACCCACAGCUUAAAUAAUGGCAUUAACGUUGUUUGUGUAAAAACUUUGUUCAUAUGAAUCUGAUUUUGUUCAUCCGCAUAGGACACAUCUCAAGGCUUUGACCAUGCCUAGUAAUCUGCUUGCAUUUAAAAAGCCUGCACAGGCAAAGGCUUUUGCAGCACCGCUAAUGACUCAAUUCAAAGCAACACUUUGCACGUGCGAUACAGUUUGCUGAUUGGCUGUUGGAUGAAAAUGUCAUACCGUCAUGCUGUUCGUCUUCAUGACCUGCAGCAGCUUGUGUCUGAGUGUGAAUAUGGACAUGCUCAGUCUGGUCUCUCAGUGACCCAUCACAGCCACACACAUAUUGAUUGAACACUGUGUCUCUGUGGGCUCUCAUUACCGAUGCUGUGACAUGAAUAUCUCUGACCUUUCAGUGUAGCUGUAGUGUUGGAUGUCCUUCCCAGUCUGUGUGCAUACCGUAUUUACAUUCACAAUGCACAGUCACUCAGAGGAGAUAACACCCUGAGAAACCACUUUCAAACAUGGACGUCAUGCAUUUUAAACACGGUUAAAACGUCUCAUUCUCAUGUCAGUCAAGUCAUUAGCUCUCAUUCUGUCUCCAUAAUCGCAGCCAAAAAAUCAUUUCAAUUAGCUAGAAGGUUUUAAGGUUACAUUGCCGCGGAUCCACAUUUUCUGAUGUCUGAUUUUUGUUUUUAAUUUACAGCUUUUCCAGAUCCACGGGUCCCGGAUGUGAAAAAAAAAAAAAAGAAUAUAACUUUUAUCUUGGCUCAUUAUGACACUCACACAGUGUAAGUGUGCCUCAACAGGUGGUCAUCAAAAACAAGAUCUGUAGCAUCGGUUUAUUUACAUAAUGCCAGUUAUAAAGAUGGCCAAAAAGGAAGAAGAAUAGGUUAGUCUCACAGCUUUAUUUUCAAGUAGUUUAUUUUUUUUCUUUUCAGUGACACUCAUUUUAUGAGAAGAAAUCGUCAUGUGCUGGGCUGUGCAAACAUUACAUUGCCAAGGACAGUAGUGGAGCUUAGUAAAUUAUGACCAAAGAUUCAAAGUAAAGCUGGCUGAUCCAAGGUGCUGCAUACACAAACAUGACAGAGAAUCUGAAAUCUGCCUUCAUCACUCAGUGAGGAGCUUUUUCUGCAUCAAUCCAAUCUGAUCAAUCUUAAAUGGAGUGCAGGGAUCUGAUUACUCCUGUACUGUGCAACUUUGGAUGCAGUUGUUCCCAAGAUCUUUAACUUCAUGCCCAUUUAGCUCCGAUGUUGCACAAGGCUGCUUCGGUAAACAAUCCCCUUGGCAACAAAAACACAAUAUAUGCAGUGAUCCCAUCAACUGUUAACUUUAGAAAUGUAAUAUAGAUUCACUUAACCAUAAAGCUUGUAAAGAAUAACUGAAUGGUGACUGAAUCAUUUGUUGUCCAAUGCUGGUUUAAUCUUCAGGUAUUAGAUGUUAUUAAGCCAGUGAUUGGUUUGUUUGGCUUUUAAUCGAUGGAUGGAAUCAGUGUAGCUGAAGACAGAGAAGGGGAUUUGUUCAUAUCCAAGUAUUUACUCAAAAUAAUACAAAGAUUUCAUCUGGCUACAGGAAGACUGAAAGAUAAUAAGAGUCUGUCUAUCAGAGCUCAAAGCAACAGCAGUUACACUCACACGCUGCCCCUCCAGCAUCAACACCCUGCGGUGCGCUGAUACACACCUGCAUCACCACGUGCCGGUGCAGGCUCAGCAGCAUUCGUCUCAGUCUGUCGCCUUGGCUGCAAUCCAAAGGCAGCUUUGGCCUCAGCUGACAGAGACGCUGGCAUGAGUUAGCAAAGAGUGUAAGAGAGACUCAGAGAGAAGGAGGGGGGGGGGACAAACUGAGCAGGAGAGGGUGACAAAGCAGUGUGUGGUGAAGCUACUCUAUGUCCUCUGUUGUUUUCUUUGUCAGUUCAGAGAGAGGACAGCUCGCAGCUCCUACUUUCAACAGUGUGCUGAUCUGCCGCAGUGCAGGUGUGUGAUUGAGGGAGGUUUUUUUAGAAGCAGUAACUUACAUAACACGUGACUUCUAACAACCUCUAUUGGCAACUUGUAGGAACUGCACCACAGAUCAGAUGUGUAUCCUGUGUCUGUCUGUAGAACAAACCCUGACAGACGUUUUUGUAAAUGUGCAUAAUGGAAUAAAAUAGGUUUUAGGUGUAGUUUGGUAAAUACACCUGCUGCAGGUUUUUGACUUUACAUUUACCGUAAAUGGACUUGGAAAACUCUAGCAGUGUGGUCGUUGAAUGCCUGAUAGUAAAGGGUCAUGGCUUAAAGAAAACAAGGUUUCUAACAUUUUUAACAGCAGGUUAGAAAAUAUGUAAAUAAGCAUUUUAUGUACAAUUUAUUUACAAUAACCCCGUGUUAUGUCAUAGCUUAUCAGAAAACAUCAUCAUCAAAUAAAACAGAAAUGUCACAGAGCAGAAGCUAAUGGAAGUGUAGCAAGCCGAACAAUAAAAUACAUAAAAUAUUCUUCAGUUCAUUCACAAACAACCAUAACAGGAACAACAAGGGUUACCAUUCAGAGUUUCCUAGUCCGGCUUGUUAGCCAUGUUGACUUUCCAAAUUCAUGUUAGCCAGCUACACUCGUGAUACCCUCCAAUAAGUGUGUGUCUACAUGAUAUAGCUUCGCCUAAUCCCAUCAUCCCGUUCUGUGAUUGGUUAAUUUUCCUUGUCCUUGUGGUCAGCCCAGUUUACAUCAGCCCCCUCCCCCCCCUCUGCAGGUUAGCUCCAGUUAAAACUGACUGCCCGGAUUGAUAAAGAGUAGGGACGCCAAUACACUCAAACUGUUAAACCCAGGCAAUAAUGAAGUCACAUUACGAGACAAUCCAACUUUAAGAACAUUGUCUGCGACUUCUUUGAUAUAAUUUUGAUAAAUAAAUCUGAAAAAAAGCCUUCAAAUACGACAUGGUGUGUCUGUGUGAUGCGUAAGAGAAAGUGUGUGAGGUAUUUCACCUGUAAGAGAAAAACAUCCUGGACCUCUCCGGUCUCUCCCGACGUGCUUUCAGCUGAGUUAGCAGGUAUAGUGACGUCAUCAUGCUUGUGAUAAUCAUGACACACAUUAGAAGGAGGAAGACGACUGAAA